AUGGAAAGUCUUAAGGAUCUAAGGGUCCAGUCCGGCGCGCCAAUUGUAGAAUGCAAAAAGGCACUGCAAGCAGCAGGGGAUGAUUUAGACGCAGCAAUGGAUUGGCUGCGCGAACAUGGCGCCGCCAAGGCAUCGACGAAAGUUCAGGGACGUGAGACCACGGAAGGCUUGGUUAGCAUGAAAGUCUCAGACGAUGGCAAGUCUGCGGCCCUUGUAAAAAUUGCGUCGGAAACAGAUUUUGCCGGACGCAGCACCAAAUUCGUUGACUUAAUGUUGAACGUUGUGGAUGCCAUUUUUCAAUCAUCUGAAGACGGGAAUCUGGAUAACGACACAGUUUUGCAAGCAACCUUGGGCGGAAAGGUGGUUAAAGAUUUUGUGGACGAGGCUAUUGUUGCGAUCCGAGAGAAUUUGAGUGUCACCAAUGCUGUCAAGCUAAGGAGCGAGGACGGGAUCCUAGUGGGCUACAUUCACAAUCGAGUUGACGGUUCAGACGCAGGAACAGCCGCGUCAAUUGUUGAGCUGUCUGGAAAAGAUGUUACAGUAGACAUUUUACUAACAACUGGCAAGAAACUUGCCAUGCAUGUUGUCGCUGCACGGCCGCAGUAUCUUAGUCCUGAACGCGUUCCUGGGGAGGUGCUGAAAAAAGAGAAAGAAAUUCUUUUGAAGCAAAUGGAGGGGUCAGGUAAACCACCUGAAAUCAUGAACAAGAUUGCUGAAGGUAAACUACGGAAAUUCUACGAAAGCGUUUGUUUGACGGAGCAGGGUCACAUGAUUGAAGAGAAAAGCCCCAAGGUUGGCAACGUGCUGAAGGAUCUUGGGAUUACACUCAGGCGAUAUGAGUAUCUCAUAAUUUAA